AUGGGAGACGCCCGCGUUGUGUUGACGACACUUAUUAACGAGAAUCUACUGACACCAGGUCCUAAGAAACUCUAUGUGUCAUAUUACCGUAAGCGUGUAUACGCAGACCUAUUGUCAGAUGGGUCUAUUCGCUUUAAGGAUCAAGUAUACACGUCACCAGUUCCCUGUGCUUUACAUAUGAAGCGUACAUUGAAUCCCUCUCUUAAGUCGGAUGCAGGUUGGUCGUCCAUGUAUUCAACGACAUCAGGCAAAAGUCUUAAGGAUAUUAAAGAUCGACUGAAUCUUCAUAAACGCGGCACAAAUGCACGAUCUAUUCAGAAAGAUAAGAAAGCAGCUACAUCAUUGUCAUUAUCAUCAUCAUCUACGGUCAAUGAUCGCGUUGGUCAAGUGGUGGCUGCUACGAUCAAGAAUAAAGUGGGUCUGAAGUGUACGGCAUGUAAGGAAGAAGCUACGUCGGACGUGGCUGAGUGCAGUGCCUGCCACAGUAAGACGCAUUGGAAAUGCGCAAGUCCUGUACUUGAGGCGGCACCGUUAACAUCUUGGUUCUGCGAGAAAUGUCUGACGGGGCAAGCCGACAGAAUCCUCGAGUUCCUUCAGCAAACCCGUCGUGUUCUUGUUGAACGUAUUGCAGAACAAAAGGAGGCGGAAGAUACAGCAAAAGACAAGAAAGCCCUAGCUGCUACCGAGACGAUUGAGGAGAAGGAACAUGAAGUGAAGGAAGACAAGACAGCAACGCUUAUAGAGGUGGUCAAGGAGGAGGAUGAUCGAAGCGCUAAGAACGAUGAGAAAUCUUUGUCUGAAGACAAAAUUACAAAAGAUGUUGCAGAAGCAGAAGUAGAUAGUGUUGUUGUUGUAUCUGAGGAUAAAGAACCUGAGGACGGUAAUUGCGAUGGUGCAUCUGUGACGGCUGGUAGCUCGAGCGGCCCACCGACAGAACCAAUUGUAGCUUCUAAGACAAUGGCUAGUGAGGUUGUAGAAGAUGAAGGAGGUACACCAGGGGACGAACAGAAGGACACCACGCCCGAUGCUUUGGAAGAAAAGGAGAGGAAACAUGAGGAUCUUGAUCCAACCACUGACGUGGCAGGUGCAAAGGAACGCGAAACAUUGUCGUCAAAAAACCAGGAUAAUGUUACAGAGGACGAAAACAUUGACAGUCAGCAAUUCAUUAUAACCGAAAUUACGCAGACGCCAAGCGCGGAAGAACAGUUAUUGGUGUUGAUUGAUGGCCUCAUUGCAGAGGUAUCGUCCAAGAAUGAUAGGACUAAUUUGAUCGCUAACACCACGGGUGCGAUGCUGGUGCACCUCGAGAAAACGCAAUUGGUGCAGCUAAUGGAUUAUGGCAAACGCGAAAUUCUGGCGGCUAUUCAGCCUGAGAGCGAAGAAGACAAAGAGCAGGAAGGUGGUGAUGCGGAAGAUGACCAGGAUGGUUCUGCAUCGUGUAACAAUUCUGAAGUGGGUUCUCUCAUCAAAAUCUUUGACUUACGCCACCAAAUCCUGUCAUCACAGUCCCAAUUUGAACGUACUACGAGCACACUAGCCAAGCGCACUCAAAUAGAUAUUUGCAAUGCCGAAACUAGAAUUAUGGAACUGGAGGAGUUUCGAACUUUGGAAACGAGGGCGAUCACAAAAGUGGUUGAUUUGGUUAAUCAAUACUCGAACGACUUGGAAGAGUGCAAACAGAAAAAAUAUUACAACGAGAUGCUUCUUGAGAGCAUUAACCACCGUCGCAGCUUCAUCCGAUCUCGUAACAUCAAUGAUUGCUUCGUACCAUCAUACCGCUACUGUACAAAGCGCAUGACGACGAGUAGUGACCAGCUCCUAAUGACUGUAUUGUUGGAGAAGCUGCGUGACAUCACGAAGUCAGUGAACGAGUGGACAAAGAUGGAGCGUCAUUUCACUAAGAUGACAUUAAAUUUGAAGAAGUCGCUGUCAUUUAUCGGCACAAAGCGAAAGCGUGCGGAUGAUGUUGUGAAGUUACUACCAAGUUCAGCAUCGUUCACAAAGUUUAAGCUUCCUCCAUCGAGGCGGCUUAUUGAACGCCAGAUUGCAAAUUGUGAGGCGAAUCUAAACUCCAUUCGUCAGGAGCGCGUGCAAAUGAGUAGAACACUUUUUGGAGUUUUGAGAAUUGCUCGAGAAGAGCAGUUUAGCAAAGAAAUUAUCAGAAUGAUAGACAUAUUGUAUCGAAAGUGUCGCGAUAUAAAGGCUGAAGAGGAGGAGGAACAGUCGAGGUUGAAAGAGGAAGCGGAAAUUGUUGCAAAGGCAUCUGAAGAAGAGAACGCUGUCCGCGGUCGUGAGAAUAUUGAGGACAGCGAGGCUAAAAAGCCAGAAAUCGAGACGCAAUGCGUGGACGAAGCUAGCAAUGCUUGUGACAGUAGUUCAGCCUCACAUACAAACUCCGCUGCUGCAGUUGCUAUCAAUGUGACCUUGUCCAGCGAAAUGAAGGGUAUCUCAUCUCUGCUCAGGAGCGAGGACUCAGAUGCAAAGGACCCGAGCUAUAAUUCUGCUGAUACCAAGUCUCAAGCCGAUAAUGACGAAGACAGCGAAGGAGAUCUCGAGCAAGCAUCUCGAGCAAUUGCUGACAUCACAUCUUCAGUAUUGCCUGACAUUGGGGGAGGCGAUUCCCGAACAGAACUUCUUAACGCAUCGCUUCUGACUGAAACGCCAGGAGAGAAUUCAUUGCAGGUCUUUACGUCCCCAAGUCAGUUCAUGAUACGUGGAGAAAGAGGAAAUAGUGACACGCGGGACGCUUUGGCGCAUCAAUCCAUUGCACAGCAUCAAAAUCUAUCAGCUACUAGACCUACUGGUCGAAAUCAGCAGUCAUUCUUGGACCAAGCCCUCGACGUUUUGAACAAGCAACAGCACCUAGAGCACCAGCAGCGUCUUGAACAUCAGCACCAAUUGGAGCAGCAGCCGAUGCAGCUGGAUGAGCAACAACAUCAACUGGAAAGGCAGCGACAGCUGGAGCAGCAACGUUUUCUGGAGCAACAGCGUCUGGAGAAACAGCACCAAGAACGAGAACGUCAAGAGUGGGAGCGUCAAGGGCGGGAGCAUCAAGAGAGCAAGUGCUUGGAGAAGCAGCAGCGUCUUGAACAACACAUUGACAGACAGUGCCACGGGCCCGAGCAAUGGGAGCAACAGCGUCGAGAGCGGCAGCAGCUUGACCAAGAGCACCACGAAGAGCAACUUGUCGAGCAACAACGUAUUGACGAACAGCGGCGCCUGGAGGAGCAACAUCGUUUGGAGCAACAGCGCCUUGAAAAGCAGCAGCGCCUAGUACAGCAACAGCGUCUGGAACAUCAGAAGCAACUACUCGAACAACAGCGCCUCGAACAGCAGUGUCUCGAACAGCAGCGCCUUGACCAGCAGCGCCUCGAACAGCAACGCCUCGAACAGCAACGCCUCGAACAGCAACGCCUCGAACAACAGCGCCUUGAACAACAGCGCCUUGAACAGCAGCGCCUCGAGCAGCAGCGCCAGGGGACGCAUCGUCGUCAGGAACAGCAGCGUAAGGAAAAACAGCGGCAACAGCAAGAGCAAAAACGCCAAUUUCAGCACAGCAAACCGCCGAGUCUCCCACAAGUGGUGCCUCCCGGACCGUCUCACUUGCAAAUGCUUAGCCAGCAGCAGCAACAACAACAACUCCGGCAGCAGCAGGCAGCACUUCAGCAGCAACAGCACUCUCGUCAGUUACACCAUCCUCUGUAUGGUGACAUAUCCAAGGGAAUGCUCAUGUCUUCUGGUAUGGGAGCCAGUCAACAAGAUGUUUACGUACAGCAGGCGGCUCAGAUGGGUAUGGAUAUGCACGAUGUUGCGCGGCACCACGACUUGAGCCACUUUGUGGGCAAUGCAUCAGGGAGUCUACGUGGCGGUCCUUACAUGACAUCCAAUGAAGUCUCGCGUAACGCUGCUCAACACCCAGCGCCGACGGCGCCACGGACGAGCUACUAUGGAGAUGACGGUCAAGUAGGGCAGUUGCAUUCACACGCUGUGUUUGGCUCGCAAAAUCUGUCUGGGCAGCAUCGUCAGCUCUCGGACCACCAUAUGUUCACGAACGAGUUACAGCAGCAACAACCAGACCAAGCACGGUCGACGGGGAACCAGGACUUUAUCAUUGGCCGCUCAUACCGUGAUCUUAUUAGUGACAGCUUGCAGCAUCCCGGUGUGAUGGACCAAUCUGACGGUAAUGAUGUGAACAUGGGAGACUGGGGUCAAUGA